GCUAGAUCUGUUAUACACUGUCAGGCAUUUUGGUAGGCUAAUUUUACGGCAAACAAACUUAUAGAAAAGUGACAUCGAUCUGAACACCACCUUUUGCUGUUUUGCACGUGUUUCAUACAUGGGCAACUAAGGUUAAACUAAUUAGAUGUCCUUGGUGGUGUCCUCACUGUAAUGGAAAAACAGGUUCUUCCACAACUAUAGCGAAUGAGCGUUCAAAUAGCUAUCUAAGCUGCCUUUAGUACUGUGGUGGGAGUGGCCUUUGAUAUAUAGACCGAUUUUGACUAUCAGUCUAUAUAUUCGUCCAAUAAGACUGUUUUAGUUGUGGUGUGACAUGUGUAAGUUUUAACGAAAGUAUGUGAGCUCGGUCUAUGUUGCAAGGUAAGCGUAGACAACAUAACGUGUACAGGGUUCAGACUGUGCCCCUAUCUGAAGAAAAUGUCGGACAUCUCUCACUACAUGGCGGUAGCCUUGUGUUCCUUCCUGGCGUAUCCUGUCGUGUAUGGUACGGUGGCGCCAUACAUGCUGAAACUGCUGGUCUUUCAACGAUAUGCUACUCUGGACAAGGCCAAGCAGAAAUAUGUCCAUAUGAUAACAACAUCAUUGAUCUACACCGCCGUGGCGAGUCCGUGUGCUCUAUAUGUUCACCAUUUUGACCAGGAAUUGGCCCGUGCAACAGAGAAUAAUGUUCUCAGGUACGACUGCCCUGCAGUGCGCUAUAUCUUGGCACUGGUACUGGGAUACACCACUGGAGAAAGUGUGGUGACUCUCAUUGACGUCGGAUGUUCAGACAUAUCCAUGUUUGGCUUCUUGGCACAUCAUGUCGUCACCGGCUACACAGCGUUGGUGACUUGUGUCUACCCAUGUUUACCUGCCUACGCCAACAUCGGGCCGGUGACUGAGUUCUCUACAAUUUGGCUGAACAUAAGGAUCUUGCUAAAAGAACUUGAUAUUCCACAAUCUUCCACGGUAAACAAGGUCAACAACCUCGCCUUUUUCCUGUCCUUUUCCUACGUACGAGUUUGGCUGUUGAUAUUUUAUGAGUACAUACCCAUCACACCCCUGUUGCUGACAAAGGAAUUCUACCUGCUUGAGUGGCCAGUUGUGGUUACCUUUUUAUGCGGUUCCCAAUUCUUCCUCGUCAUCAACUUGUACUGGUACGGCCUUAUGUGCAUGCGGUUUCCAAGAGUCAUUUUAGGAUAUGGAAAGAACGACUAAACUACAUGUAUUUGCUUCGAAAGACAAUAAAGAAUAUAAUCCUUUUCUGUAUUUGGUAACAUAUGUGAAUAUACCUUAGCACUUGAUAUUGUUAUAUUAGUUAUGGUUAGAAACCAUAUGCAAAGAUGUUUUGACAAAGACAUUGUAUCUUCCGCGAUGAUCAGUAUUUACGCAAUACAAAUGUUAUCUUGAUGAUGCUAGACUACCACAAGGAACUCUUUUGAAAUAUGUUUUCAACAAAAUUCUGCUGCAGUUCAUAGACGAACAGUUACUUGGCCCAAACAUUUAUCAACUACCCUAAAAGCUGUCUACUACAGAAAAUUCAAGACCAUAGCAUAUCCAGAAGAUAAAAUGACCAACAGUUCUUCGAUAUUCUUAUUCCUUUUUGUUGGACUUAUUAUACAGAAUGCCUCGAUAGUAAAACAAGAAAUACAUGAACACACGAGUAGACAGCUGCCAGUCUUUUUUAUUAUCGUUAACAUUAAUUCAUAACUAGGGUAGUGUCCUUAAAUAAGUCUUUGUAUUAAUCCAAGCAAAUUUGCGUAAUGGUAACUUUUUUCCUUGCAAAACUUUCAGUCACUCAAAUAACUCGAUCUACAAAGUACGCUUACACAUUGAUUUAGAAAAUAAUCCCCCAUCCCCUCGAAUGGCCAGCAACAUUUUGUGAUGAUGCUACUACAAUGUACAUUGUGUAUGUUAAAAGUUACUGUGUCAGAAUUUGUUUUUGUAACUCUAAAAAGAAUGUGCAAACAUCUGAUUCCCAAAAGAAGCUCUCUUUCACUACACUGUCCCAUUUGUGGUCAUUGGAGGACAUAAUUU